UUUUGUUGGAUUUUAGUUUACAAUCAUGUGGGAGUCUGAGAGUGAAUCUGUUGUUGGUCGAGAUUAUGGUAAUGGAGUUCUUAGCUCAAGCAAGCAUGGCAUCAAGACCGAUGGGUUUGAGCUCAGGGGCCAGUCAUGGUAUGUUGCAACUGAUAUUCCAAGUGAUCUUUUAGUUCAGAUUGGAGUUGUAUAUUUCCACUUGCAUAAGGUAGUCAUUUUACUUCUCUCAAGCUCCAAAUUCAAACUUCAAUGGCAGAAAAAUUAGUUCUUGAUUUAUAUUGACUACCCAUUUUCUCCAUUUCUGUUAUUGCACA